AAUUAAAAUUAUUCAAAUUAAAUCUGUGUAUGUUUUAUUUUUUAUUAUUUUGGACCGAUUUCAUAUUUAAACCAAGAGUUGGCUUCUUUUUAAUACAGACGAACCAAUAAUACAGUUUCAAAUUAUUAGAAAAUUGUAUAUGCGAUAUAUUAUAAUUCUGAUAUAUUGCGAAAAAUUUUUUAGUAAAUCAAAACAUCGAGCUUUGUCAUGUAUGUGGCUAAUCUCUUCUCGGAAGCAGGACUCGUGUUUUCAUGUGACAUUUAAGACACGCCAGGCACGAGCCGAAACGCUAGAGUUUUUUCUUUUUCACGAAUUUUCUCUUCCGAUUGUCAAGGCCAAUCGGCUACUUGCCCCCUCCCACGGUUCGCUAGGCGACUCAGUACCAUCGCGGACACGCUAGUGAGGGGUCACGUCGUUUACGCUUCGCGAUCGUGUAUUUUUCUACUUGGUAAGAGUCGUCUUAUUAGUGUCGCGAGGUGAGAUAUCGUCGCGUUCCUCGCGUCCUCGUCGACCGAGAGCGAAUUCCCCGCGGAAGACGUCGCCGGUGUCCGGCGUUUGCAACGUAAAGCAUCGCGUCGCCGUCAUUAAUUGUAUCGUCAUUUUAGUGCCGCGAGGUGAGAUCUCGUCGCGUUCCUCGCUUCCUCUCGUCGGUUGAGAGCGAGUUUCCCCGCGGAAGGCAUCGCCGGGGAUGUCGAACCGAGUCGACAACAUUAAUCGACGGGCAAAGUGGUCGCGUCUCUCCCCUCUCGUCUGUGGGAAAUUGGCGCGAAAAUCGCGUGAGAUUUUCGUCGCGUCAUAUUCAAGGUGUCGGCCAUAUUGUGACGUAAUUAGUGCACAACGGUUGUACUUUAGGCUUAGUGCUUGACCGUCGCCCGCGUUCGCAUCGUGUCGCGGCCCCCGUCUCCGUUCGAUCUCGUCGCGUCCCCGCUUCCUCUCGUCGAUCGAGAGCGAGUAUCCCCGCGGAAGGCGUCGCCGGGGAUGCCGAGUCGACGACAUUAAUCGGCGGGCAAAGUGAUCGCGUCCCUCGCGCUUCUCUCUCCUCCCGUCUGUGUGAAAUCGGCGCGAAAAUCGCGUGAGUUUUUCAUCGCGUCGUGCCGCGGUCCGUUCCCGUCUCCGUUCGUUACUUGUCGCGAGGUGAGAUAUCGUCGCGUUCGUCUCGUCCUCGUCGAUCGAGAACGAGUUUCCCGCGGAAGGCAUCGCCGGGGAUGCCGGUGUCCGGCGUACGCAACGAAGUGUCGCCGUGUUGCCGCCGUUGUCUCGUCAUUUCAGUGCCGCGAGGUGAGAUCCCGUCGCGUUCCUCGCUUCCUCUCGUCGGUCGGGAGCGAGUUUCCCCGCGGAAGGCGUCGACGACAUUAAUCGGCGUGCAAAGUGGUCGUGUCUCUCGCGUCCUUAACAUUUCUAAUCGUGUCGAGUGCGUGUGCGCGAGUGUGUGUGCGAACGAGGAAAACGAUUCGUCGCUUCAUCGGCUGGGGAUGCUGGAAAGAUGGACAAACUUGAUCAAGGUCACAUAUGGGACAAAUAUAGGAGAGGUGAUGCUGCUACUGCUUUUAAAAUACUUCUUGGGGAUGCUGGAAAGAUGGACAAACUUGAUCAAGGUCACAUAUGGGACAAAUAUAGGAGAGGUGAUGCUGCUACUGCUUUUAAAAUACUUCUUGGGCAGUUAUCUUCGUGAUUAGCUGGGUUACAUAUACCGAGGAGAAAAAAAUUGCCUGCAAAUGACAGUCGAAGCGAUCGUUCUGUACAAUCCGGACGUAGGAUCUCGAAGCAAGGAUUGAUAUCGGUAAGUAAUUUCACUAGAUUAUUGCUAGACACACAAAAUGCCGCAAGCCAGCCAAGUAGGCGCGCGUUUUAACACAAUUAUCGCGACGACUGUACACAAUUAUUAUCUAUAUACACAUGAUCCAUGAGUUUACACAAGUGCAAGGUACUACCACGCUACACCUCCACCUCUCUCUCUCUCUUUCUCUCUCUCUCUCCCCCUCUUUCUCUCGAAAUCAUAAGUGCGACAGACAGACGGACAAGGACACGUAUUGUAGCGAAAAGUGAUUUGUAAAACUCGAAAGGGUCUGAGGCCACGGCAACUGAGGUAUCUGUGAACAAACGCAUUUUUCACCGUCGUUGAUUUAGCCUUCGUGCAUGCAUAGUAUGAUCGACGGAUCCGGACCGUUGUCACAUGCACAACGGAGUCUCUUUUUAUUUAUUUAUUCUUUUUUUUUUUGUUCUCUUCCAUCACUUAACGGUUUAACAAUUUGUCGUCGUUUUUUAAAUCUUCGUUUUGAUAUCCCUUAACUACCGGUAAUCGUUCCCGUUUAUUAAAUCGAAGACGCGAUUUUUUUUUCUUUUUUUUUUCCUUCUUUUUCUUUAUGUAUUUGUAUUUCGUUUUGUACUUGUACUGUUCAGCAAGGCAGCGUGUUGCACUUUGUUUACAUUAUAUAAUUAUAGUCGGGCCGUGAUUGUCCACCGAAGAUUCCACAACGUCGCGAAAUUGUGCGGGAAUUCUUGUCGAGAAGCGUUGAUCCGUUGCGUGAAAACUUAAUACGGACUCGUGUUGACGGCGUCAUUUUCUGUUACAAUUAAAACGCUCGACUUCAAUGAGUAGGUUGACAUCGACACGACGGGAUGUAAAAAGCGUGGGUGCACUCGAAUCUCGAUAUAAUGUGUUUUGAGAUAAUCCCGGAAAAUGUCAUUUCAGCUUGCAGUGGUAAUAAAAUUAAAAGCUUAAUUGCUUACCGGAGGAAAAUAGAUAUUAACUGUAAUAUCGAUCGCCACGCACUUAUUAAAUUUUGUUAAUUGUUAAAACUUCUAUUUAAAUUAGUUAUAUAUAGAAACAAUGUCAGAAAUAUUAUAAUAUUUAAGAUAACUAUUGGUGUUAAAAAAUAAAUGUUUUUAAUUAGUUUUAAUCGCAGUGCAAAGAAGACUACAGGUUCAAACUUUGUGCCAAGCCUCACGAUUUUCCUUGCUACUCAGUUUUGUAGAUCCGAAGUAGCGUUCAUUUGGACAUUAUGUCAAGAUUCGAGUAUAAUGAAGAAAAAACACAUGCGAAACGGAAUGUAAGAAGCAGAGUCCACGCUAGAACUACUUCCUUCGCGAUAAUCUCACAUUUCCAUUGAAUGCUCUUCAACCUCUUUCGAAUACAGACGCAAGAAUUUGAUUUGAAUGAAAAAGAAACCGAUAGAAACGAAAAACCGCUAUGAUCUGCUCUUGCAACACGUGGAUCCUUUUGCGUUCUACGACCCGCUCUACAUUUCGACAGCUUAUGAUCUCUGUGACGAUGAUGCAACUAAAAAUUAAACUUACAAUGUAGUGAUAAAAAGGGAUCGAUACCUUGUCGCGUGCGCGUCGACGAAUAUUGUGCGACACGAGCGGACGUUUUUUUUUGCGAUUCGCGAGUCGCAGUUCUAUACACGUCGUAACUAUGUAUCUCCCUUCUCCUUCUCGUCUCAGAUUUGCCGACGAAAUACAUAUGUCACAACGAAUUUCCGAAUAAAUUAUUUUUUAUAAUACUAUAUCGAUUAUGUAGCAGUAGCGGUAUUAGCAGUAAAAAAAUCAUUGCAAUGGUGAAUGGCGAUAAUAGCAAUAUGGUACUCAUAAUAACAGCAAUAGUCAUAAUAAUUGUAAUUACUCUAUAAUAGCAGCAAUAUAAUAUAAUAAUAAUAUAAUAAUUAAUAACUGUGAUAAUAAUAAUAAUAAUAAGUCAAUAAGAUCCCCUAACACAUUUAAACAAUCGGUUUUGUAAAACGUCGUAAUAGAAUACGAAAUAAAAAUAAGGAUCUGAGAAAUUAGAUACUAACAAAGGUGUCUAUACAAUAUUUAUGCGUACAGAGUAUAACAUAUAACGUACCGUCGACCAGUCCUCGAUAUCGUACACAUUUUAUGAACAAAAUUUAAUUAAACUACAUUCUUAUAAUAAACGUAUUGAUAUAACAAAAAUUAUCGACAAUAUUAAAAAUAAUAAUAAUGUAGCAGUACUAAUAACAAUAAUAACAGCAGCAGUAAUAAUAAUAAUAGCAAUCAAAAUUAAUCUCUCCUUUCCACAGCUCCUUCCUCUCUCAUUCUCUCCGUCCUUUUUCUCCCUUCUCACUCAUUUAUUCAUUCACUCAUUCACUCUCUCUUCCCCCCCUUUUCUCUUCUACUAAUGACAUUUAUAAUAAUAAUUAAUAAUCAUAAUAAUAAUAAAAAUAAAAUAAUUAUAAUGAUAAGAAAAAUGAUGCUAUUGCCAAUGAAAAUGACGUUAGUGAAGAUUAUGGCUGCUGCGGUGACGAUGACGAUGACGGUGACAAUGAGAUAAUCAUAAUGAUACGUAAAGCAUAAUAUAUAUAAAACUCUCCGGCGAUGAAUUAGAAUACACAAGUGUCUCCUUUCUUUCUACAUAUGGAUAGACUCGCGGAAGAUAUGUUUAAUAUACGUACAAUAAUAUCCAUAAUAGUAUCAGAAAUAACGGACGUACAAUGCGUGAAACGAGGGGAAACAUAACUGCUGCAGAUGCGAAGUUUCUGAGCGUCGUAAGAAACUCUGUGGUUCCCAGCUCGAUUUUACUCUUUCCAUCUCUCCUUUCUCAGAGAGAAGAAAAUUUCCUCGAACUUUCCUCCUUCUUACGCGAAAGAACAGAAACGAAUCCGCAGCCGUUACGAGCCCUUCACCGUGCCUAUUACGUUGUAUCAUACAUUAAGAAAAUAGCGCAUACCUCAUUCGUUUACGCUCGUGCGAUUUAUGAUUCGAUUACUCGCAACAGCUCGUAAUACACGCUCGGCGUGCCUCCUUAAUCUAAUAUAUACACAGAUAUAUCGUAUACAUAUACGUAUACGUAUACACACGUACAUAUACAUACACAUAUACACUUCAGUUACACGUUGGAGAUGUGUUUUCACGGUGGGCUCACCUCUCACUCUUUCUCACGCGCGUUCAUUCACUCUCUAGAGAAGUACACGUAUGUACAUUAAAGGGUACAUCGAAUUCUCCGGCGUCGUCGUUUCGGUCGCUGAACGACAGACGACGACGUACGACAUUUGAAAUCUCGCUAAGUUCCCAUUGGCCCGAAUAAUUGGAUUGGAUGGUGAAUUGACUGCAAUAGACGGCGCGCCGCACUUGCCAGAUAUUCAGCCGGGCUUGAUGUCGCAUCGCGCAUUACGCGGCAUAAUGCGUGCUGAUGCAGCGACAUAAUGAUCUUGUCAUAUAUGACAAAAUGUACACGUAUGUGAGAUAUAUAUAUAUAUACAUAUAUAUAUAUAUAUGUGUAUAUAUCGCAAUGUAACAAACUUUAUCGCCAUUAACGCGACCUACAUAUAUUUCUCUCGAAUAUCUGACUGGCAAAGCGACCGUCUCCGUAGUCCAACGUUUGAAAUUCAUUCACGGAUUUAAUUAAUUCCUUAAUUAUAAUUUCGCAUUGCAUAUUCGACAAGAACGACAUGAGGUAAUGCCCUAUGUACAUUAAAAAAGAAAAUAAAGUCGAUAGAUUAGCAAUAAAAUUUUUGGUACAAGUAGAAAAGAUCCAUACUAUGUAAGUUCUUAGUUAAUAUUGAGCGUAAAUAACCAACCGUUAUUAAUCCUAGGUUCUCUUGUUGAUACGACAAUCGUCAUUAAACCGACACGAUGUGUUUUUUUUCUCUCUAAGAAUUAUCGCACUAUUGUUAAUCCAUAGACAGUAAUGAUAUCUUCUUUUUCUUAGCGCUUCACAUAUCUUUUAAUCUUUUUUUUUUUGUAAUUUUUAUUUCUUCCGAUAAAUUUAAAAACUUUCGUAACAAUAAAUUUAUACUUAAGAUUUUGUUAAUAUUAAUUAUGGCACAAUUUAAAUAUUUUAUUUAAAGUCUUUUUGAAGACAUAAUAAAAAUAAAUCUAAGUAGUCUUUCUCCUAUGCACGACGUUCUUUUUUUUUCCUUUAAUUUCAUAUAAUUACAUCGCUAUUUCGUUUUAUUGAUUAGCAUUGAUGUACUUCUUAUUUCUCUUUAUUUUCCCUUUAUAGUUCCGUUUGAUCCCCCUUUUGGAAAUAAAAUUUCUUUUCUCUUUUAAAUAAAAACCGAAGAGUGCUUCUAAACAAUCGAUUUUCAACUUUCCCGGACUCUCGUGGCAUUUCCCAUACUGGAAUUCUACGAAUCGCUUUUGUCAAUUUAGUAUCGGCUUUCGCAAACCAAAACUUUAAAUUAACGCAAACCGAAAAGUUGCAUUCUCAUUUGUGAAAACGAAAGAAAUUGAACGAAAAUAUUCAGUCGAAUCUUAAUAGCAACUUAUCGACGUAUUAUAAAUGCGACAACAUCCACGAUUGUGUAUUUUCCAAGGGUAAAUACCACUCGCGUCGGAGAGAGUCUUGCGAAGUUUUCUCGAUGCUCUUUGGUAAUAUAAUAUCACAUGAAAGAAAACUUUAAACCAAUCAAAAAAAAAAAAGAGGAAAAAAUCUAAUCAGUCGGUUCCUCGAAAAAAAAAAAAGGAAUUACGAAGAACGAGGAAACUAAUAGAAAUAAAUUUGAGUCUUUAAAUAAAUCGACGAUUAAAUAUUAUAAAAAUCAGCCUUCUCAAAAAGUAAAUUCGCGUAUCAAAGUAUUCGUCACAGCGCCAGAAAGUGAACUUGACCUCUUCAGUUAUAUCGAUUCGAAUUAUAUUACGCCGAAGAACCCGUUCGUCGAAGAAUGGGUGACUAACUUAGAAGUGGCUUAUUUUUCAAGUGGUUUUCAAAAGGAAACUGUUAACGUGGGUACGGCGUGCACCAUAAGGAUGUGUGAACGCACCGGAAGAACGGUCCUGCUUCGAACGGUUACGGAUAUGUGGCGUUUCGCCUGCUGACGAUGAGAUUGCACCAUUUUGCCGCCGGUCGGGAGGCAGGCGAGUCGCGCGAGAAUCGUAAAUAGCGAACAGCAAUUCGCGCGGACCGCAAAGAGAGAAAGAGAACGAGAGAGAUGCUGAGACACCUCUCCGUGCGGUCCAGCGAAGCAGCACACGCGUCGCGCAACCUACCUACCGCCGUGCUAUAAUAUAAAUCCUGCCGAGUUACACGGUCACGGUGUGUAAAAAUUACAAAUCGGUCCUCGCUCGCAAAUGCGCGGAAAUUCAUCUUGCAUCUCCCUAGCACGAGUGGCCCUAAACGCAUACACGCACGAGUUACACACACAGGAUGCGAGCGAAAGUUAGAACGUUGAGACAGAAUCGAAAAUACUUCUUUUUUUUUUUUCACCUCUCUUAUACGGCAUUUUCCCGCCCAUCUUAUACGAUAAACCAUACAAGACGAAAAGUUUCACAUUUACAUUAAAAAUUCCAAAAGGUUUCCACGAUAAUUUUCCAUUUUAUUCUUUUAAAUCGUACCUCAGAUAUACCCUAAAACGAUUAUAAUAUUGAUAAUAUUCCUCCUCGACGGGAGAGACGGGGCGCGUCUACAACCUACCUAAAAAUUUCGUCCGUGUAAACGAUUCGGGACAUACCUUGGCACAUUUCGAUAAAUAAUCUACGGUCAAAAUUUUCCCUCGUUUUUUUUUUUCCUUCCUCGCGUUCGCGUCGGCGUGUAAUGGGUCGUUUACCCUGCAGCAGUUACGUGCCUCGUGUGCAUGCAAACGUGUACGCGAGCAAAUUCACACACAUAGGCACACGCCCGCACGCACACUCAGGCGCCAUUACUUAUCCACCCACCAACACGCGCGCGUGCAGACUUUGCUAGACGUUUACACUAGACUAAGUCUAUCAGGCGAUGAGUGGCAACAGUUGAUCGUUCGUGCGUCGUUGUACUUAACGUGCCGUAUCAGCGGUGAGAAAAAAUAUAAACAAGAACGAGCGGAAUUGCCGAUCGAAUUGCUUUAAUAUUUAAGCCUUCAUAUUUCGUAUUUUUCCAAUUGACUGAUAAAUAAAGUAUCGUAUAAAAAAAAUAUAAAAUUGUCUGCCGUGCGAGGAAAGCGAUGCAUUCUUCUCUCAGAUCGACAAGUCGAUCAGCGGUUGCCCGACACCCCGUUUCUUGUCCCCACCCCAUCUCGAAAAUUUCAAAGAAAUAUGAUGAAAUUUCUUUUUUCCCCGAUAUAGUCUCGCCUCUUACAAUACAUCGUACAACACCGAACAUCGACAUAAAUUCCGUAUACUUUUUUUUUUCCAUUCACAUAGCUUUCGCAGUCGCGCUAGUAUACCAACCGAAGAACAUCACAGAAAUUUCCCGACGUUACUUAAUUAAUCAAUUAUCAAUUUCCUUUACCUCGUCGCGCUAAAAGAGUUUUUUUUUUUUAAAGUACGCCCGGCGAUCAUAAUGUGGACAGACAUGUGCUUUUUGCUUUGUUUCUUUUUGGUCUCCCUCUUUUCGUCUUUCGUUUCGAUGCCACGAUCCCCGAUAUCACAGAAUUUACAAAAAUUUUCGGAAUGACUAGGAUAAAUUUUCUUUUCCUUUUCUUUUUUCACUAACCAAUCGCGCAUCCUCGGCUUUAAAAAAAAUGACUUUUUUCCUUCUUUCAAGAAAAGAGGAGAGGAAAGACAAGAACGUAAAAAUCACGCGGAUCUCGGCCGCAUCUCGUACAAUCGAUAUCGUGCCCAUCCACAUUAUGUCCCGGCCAAACGUCGACCGAUCAAGAAUCGGUCCACGGAUUUAAGAAUGUAUACGUAAUAAUUAUAAAAUCUCUCGGUAGAGAUAGCUAAAUAUCUAAAAUCGUAUAUUUUUCACAGUAUACUUCACACUUCGAAGAUAUGUUUGGAAACUCGUGCUCAUCCUUUCCCUCUUCUCCCGCGCAUUUUCCUUUCGCUCUUUUUUUUCUUUUUUGCUCCCCCUUUAAUCCCUUUGUCCGACCACGAAUGAAAUUCGAGGCGGGUGCCUUUCCCCGUCGUUUUUACCUUCCCUUAUAUUCCGCACCUCCGUUUAAAUAUUUCCUUUCCGAUACUACGCAUCCUAAGAGUUAGACGUAGACAUAAUUUAUAUUUUCCAUGAUAAUUUGUACUUGCUCGUUAAUUAUUAUGGCAUUUCCUUUUCCGCCUUACAGAUAAAACAUCAACAUUUUCUCGUUCUCUACGCUGAGUUUUAAACCUGAAUAUGUUACGAUGAACAACUUUUAGGGUUUCCUCUUGCUUGUACAUUUGUUAAUGUGGAUAUAUUAAAGUUUCGUGGUGCGGAGCAGUGCUCCAUGAUAUCUCGUGAACUGAGAUCACUUCGCGACCGUUUGGAGUUCGAUUUGCGGGAAACACGUUCGCGCAACGUAACGGAAGAGGGGAAAAAAAAACAGAACGGAAUGUAAACGGAACAAUUUCCUUGGCUUAAUUAACCCGGCUGAUUUUCUCGGCUUGAAAAAAAAAAAAAAAA